AUGCUCCAGAGCCUCAUCAGGAACAUUUGGGUCCCCAUGAAGCCGUACUACACGGAAGUGUACCAGGAGAUCUGGAUGGGGAUGGGCUUGAUGGGCCUAAUAAUUUACAAAAUCCGGAGUGCUGAUAAAAAAAGCAAAGCAUUAAAAGCCUCGAGUCCUGAAUCUGCUCACGGUCACCACUGA